GACUCACACCUGUUGAACAUCUUAUACGUAAUUUUUAAUUGGUCUUUGUCUGUAUAAAUAUUUAAAAUCUAUAUGCUUCACUUUGUUUUCUAUUCAGGUCCUUUUUGCUAUAAACUGGUAGUUUUUAGGAGAAAACACAGCUUCUGAUUAUUGAGUCAAUGCCUGCUUGUCUUCUCUCAGCCAGUGGUUCCCACCUUCUCUGUCCCUUCAGAAGGCAGUAGGAAGGGUUCCUUGGGAUGUAAGAGGUAUUAUGGGACUGAGGAGAUUUGGAGGAGUCAGAGAUGCUGCAUUCAUGAAACUAGGCAGGGCAGUGCCAGAAACUUGAGCACACUUACUGAAGAAAUGUUUUUUUUUUGUGGAACUGGGCACUGGUUUAGACACUGUGAUGGUGGGAAAAGAGGCUGGCAAUUUAUAACUCAAGAGCAAUUACCUUCACUUAAGAAACAUCACACAGGGUAAAAUAUAUUGAGAGAAAAUUCAAAUAUAUAUUUUUUCUAAUUAUGUGCUUUUUGGUGGAUGUCUAUUUAUUCUUGUGAGGUAUUUGUGUGAUACACAAAGAGCUGGUGUUGCAGGCAGGAGCAGUUCUGUUUGAUUUUUGGGGUGUUUUUUUUUUGUUUGUUUGGUUUUUUUGGUUUGGUUGUUGUUUGUUUGUUUGUUUGUUUGUUUUGGUGAUGGUUUCCUGUUAUUAAGAGUCCUCUUCAGUAAUCAGAGAACUGACCAGCAGGAAUUGUGAAUAUAGGUGUAACUUAGGACUAACACUGUAACCUGUUCUGAAUAAAAACAUGAAGGUCUGCAAGGAACUAACUGUUUAACCUUUCCUAUUAAUCAGAUGGCAUGUCUACAUUUAAUAGGUCAAAUAGCAACUGAGAAAACUCAGAAGCUGGAUUAACCUUUCACAGGUUUUCUGACAGUCGUUGUUAUACUUGACCUAAACUAUCUUUGGGCUACAGCCUUUAAUUUUCAGAAGUGUUUCUCAUGAAUAAAACAUUCUUUUUGCUUUUUGGAUAUAAUUUAGUAGCAUUUUUUUUUUUCUUUUUUUCAGGAUGUUUUGAGUGUUGCAUCAAAUGCCUGGGAGGCAUUCCUUAUGCAUCUUUGAUUGCUACUAUCCUGCUCUAUGCUGGAGUUGCACUGUUCUGUGGCUGUGGGCAUGAAGCACUUUCAGGAACCGUCAACAUUCUGCAAACCUACUUUGAGAUGACAAGAUCUGCAGGAGAUGUUAUUGAUGCCUUUACCCUGAUUGACAUCUUCAAGUAUGUGAUAUAUGGUGUAGCAGCUGCAUUCUUUGUAUAUGGCAUUCUGCUGAUGGUGGAGGGAUUCUUUACAACUGGUGCCAUUAAGGAUCUCUAUGGAGAUUUCAAAAUCACCACUUGUGGCAGAUGUGUGAGUGCCUGGUUUAUUAUGCUGACAUACAUCUUUAUGUUGGCCUGGCUUGGAGUUACAGCUUUCACUUCUCUGCCUGUUUACAUGUACUUCAAUCUGUGGACCAUUUGCCGAAAUGCCACCGUAGUGGAUGGAGCUAAUCUCUGCUUGGAUCUUCGCCAGUAUGGUAUUGUAACUAUUGGAGAAGAGAAGAAGGUUUGCACCUCAUCAGAAAGUUUCAUCAAGAUGUGUGACUCUAAUGAGCUAAACAUGACAUUCCACUUGUUCAUUGUGGCACUUGCUGGAGCUGGAGCAGCAGUCAUUGCUAUGGUUCAUUAUCUCAUGGUCUUGUCUGCCAACUGGGCCUAUGUGAAAGAUGCUUGCAGAAUGCAAAAAUAUGAGGAUAUUAAAUCAAAGGAGGAACAAGAGCUGCAUGAUAUUCAUUCUACUCGCUCUAAAGAGCGGCUCAAUGCUUAUACAUAAAAGAAACCUUGUCUUACUUCCUAACAUGUGAAUGCUUUGUUGUUUAACUAAAGGCCAUCCUACCAUUUUAAAAACAAUUGAAAGUGCUUCUCACAAAAGAUAGUUUGGGUGACUUACAUAUCACCUACAUACAAUUCUUGGUUGUCUAGCACUUGGUUUCUUAAUUAGUUCUUACUUUGUGUGACCAUUCUAUACCACAAAGCUCCUAUAUAGCCUUUCCCGAAUCCCUUUAAGCUAAUUAGUUCUGAUAGGUCAAGGAUACUAAACUAUUGUCAAAUACAACUAUGUGUUUGAUUUUUUUAAUCACUUUGUAUGUGUUAUGCAUAACACCUUUUGCAUUGUUUCUUAUAUGUUUUUGGAAAAAAAGUAGCUUUUUAUACUUUUUAGUUAUGAGUUCAGUAACUACUUUAACUACAGGUAUACUUCAAAGGGACCAUUGUACAUUAUGUACAAUAUAUAAAGAAAACAUUCUGAUGACUUUCCUUUAUAUAUGGAAAACUUGCCAGAGGGGCCCUGAUCAACUUGAAUGAAGGUCCUAAGAACGUUUUAAACAAUCAAAGGUGCAAUUUCUAAAUUUGUAAUAGUGGGUAAAAAAAUAAAAAAAAAGCGAAAAAAGAAAAAAAAAGAAAAAAAAGAAAAAAAGUGCUUCUUAUCUUUGUUAACAUUGUAUUAUUGAUGUUUUUAAAGAAUAUUCUCUUGUUUCAAGUUCCAUGGGUGAUAAUUCCUGUUUGUAUUGUGAGCAUGCAGUCCGUGGUGCUAACAAUGCAUGGCCACUUGCCUUUGAAGGAAUUCAAUACCACGGCUACCUGUUAACGAGUUAUGGUAUAUAGACAACUGUUAAUUAAGUGAUAUAGUUAUUCAUAGUUUUCUACAGAAUAAUCUCUCUUUAAUUCAAUGAUGGUUAUGCUAAAUUGGAGCUGUCCAUGUGAUGAUGUAAGAAAUUACUGCUUAGCUACAUUUAUGAAAGUAAUAUAUCUAAAAUGCAGUGACCAUAGAAGUCAGAUGUCUUUUUACCUGCUUUAAAAAUUUAAAUGGAUUGCACCUGUCUGAACUGUAAAAGGUAUAUCAAAGGAGACUUCCAUAAAUGUUAUAGCUUGGCUUCUAGCUUUCCUACACAUAAUAGUUUACCUGUAUUAUGUUGAAGUAAGGUGAAAGACCACUACGAAGCUUAUUAUUUCAAAGUGUAGUAAUAUAUUUGAACUUUUAUUUUGACAGGAAAAUGUUAUCAGAAAGAUAGGUCAUCUUAAUUUGAAAGAAUUACCUAUAUCAAAAACAGAACAAAAAACCCUAUUUAAGAAAAGUCAGUAUUAUUGGACCAAAUUUGGUGGAUUCUUUUUUUUUUAUUUUGCCUAUUUCUAAUGCUACAAGAAUGCUGUAAAGUGUCUUUUAAAGUGAUGUAGCCUGACAAGACAUUUUUGUCAGUGUUAAAAAUCUUAGAUAGUUUUGUGCACUUAUUGGACCAUUGUGAAUUCUCUCUCAGUGUAAGUGCAUUUCUAAUAAAACUUCUUGAGUAAAACUCUUCUUUGUACUAUUACUAGUCAUGCAUCAUCAGUAAUUUUUAACAAUUCUUGUAGUAAGUAGAAGGUAAUACUAUAGUUACUUGUGGCAUGAUAAUGCAUUAAGUAGUAUUAGUUGGUUGAGUUUCUUUCUUUUUCUUUUCUUUUGCUUGUUUUGGGGGUUUUUUGGUUGUGUUUUUGAUUUGGGGUUUUGGUUUGGAUUUUUUUUUACACUUAAGCUGUCCUACGGGGUCAACAGUUUUCUGAUAAUGUGCAGUACCGGUAUUACAGUUCUGCAAAAAGUAUUAGGAACCUCUUUUUGGAUUCUAUAUUGUAGUGUUUCAGUUUUGUGUCUUAAAAUGUUUGUGCUGAUUUUUAAAAUUAUGUCUUUUAAACUCAUGUAAUGAUGUUAAUGCUUUUGGCUCUUCUCUGGUAUUAGAGUUUGUAUUUUCACAAAGAAUGCUUUGUAGCAGGCAUUACAAUUAAUCUGUUUUGUACAUAAAUGUGCCAACAGCUUGAUGGUGGCGUUUUUGAAAUGUAGAACAAAGUGCUUGCAAAAUGUAAUAAACACACUUGUGUACUUUGUGUUCUUGUUAAUUCUUUGUGUAGUUUCUCUUUGCCUGUUCUGGACACGUCGCUGUAACUACAAAUGGAAGAAGCUUGUUUAUCCUAUAGACCUUGCUAAGGCACAGGUUGCUUUGAAUAUGUCUCCUAAUCAACAUUUAGUGUCUGAAAUUAUAUAUCUUAAGACUAAGAGAGUAACAUAUUUUCUAAGAGCAGAGUUUCAUAGUCUAGGAAGUGCCAGGUAGCAGGAGUCAUACUUGCUAUAUUUUUAACAUAUCAAAAGAACAGUUGGGAAGAAUUCCAGUUACUACAGUGUAAUUUGGAAUAGCUCAGCAGCAACUGAUCUGACAGCAGUUUGAAUAUUGCUGAGGAUACUGAUUUCUGGAUGUUACAGUAGCUUAUACUUUGAAACCUCAAUAACAACAACUCUACAUUACUUACGUGCAUCUAACAUAAUUUAAAUGGUUAAGAGAGAUCUAUAGCUGUGCCAGCUAACAUGAUACCACUAAGAAAAAUAACUUAGAAACAAUU